AUGCAGCAAUCUCCGCCUCCCAUCCAGGGCCCUACUACCGACUCUUUCUGGCAUUCAUCUCCGCACGCCCUAGACAACCACAGAACUUCCCCAGAUAUCCCCACGGAAGUUGACAUAUGUGUCAUAGGAGCGGGAUUUGCAGGUGCUUCAACCGUUCACCAUAUCCUGGACAUCUGUAACUCUCAGGGCCAACCGCGACCGCGCAUUCUCAUUCUUGAAGCCCGGCAAGCCUGCUCGGGAGCUACUGGCCGAAAUGCUAUCAUCUCCGCUCAUACGCUUGAAGCCUCACAAAUGUCUCAUUAUCAACGGAUUAUCACAGGUGGCCAUAUCAAGCCGGACCCCUGCCACCGGCCAUCGAGCCUGGCUGUGAUCAAUGGGAUCAAGGUCGCCGCUGAGUGCGCAGCUUUCGAGGCGCAAAACCUAUCCGCCGUGAAGAAAUUCGUAGAGGACGAAGGAAUCGAUUGCGAGUUCACCCUCACGCGGGCUGUUGACGCGCUCAUGUCCGAUGCCGUUUGCGACAAGGUGAUGGCCAGUGUAGAUAUGCUUAGACGAAAUAAUGUGCCAGUCAUAUCGGACGUACAUUUUGCAAAGGGCUCCGAUGCGGAGGUGCUAUCUGGGGUCAAGGGAGUGAAGGGUUGCAUUUCGUAUUCCGCGGGACAUCUAUUCCCGUACAAGCUGACCCUGCAGCUUCUCUCCAGAGCCAUUGACGCUGGUGUAAACCUCCAGACGCACACUCCCGUCCUCAGUGUGGCGGAACAGGCUGAUGCGGAUGGGUUCAUUACAGUUACUACGUCGCGAGGGAGCGUGAAGGCCAGGAACGUAGUUUAUGCAACAAAUGCCUACACCUCGUCACUCUUGCCCGAGUUCGCAGGCAAGAUCAUCCCCGUGAGAGGGAUGUGUAGCCAUAUCUCGCCUACCAAGAAACCAGCGCCUCACUUGCCAAGCACAUACAUUAUCCGCUGGUCCGAUACAAACUAUGAUUAUUUGAUCCCGAGACUUGACGGCAGCAUUAUCCUCGGCGGAGCACGGUCGACAUUCUAUCAAGACCUCGACAGCUGGUACAACAACGUCGACGAUGGCCAGUUGAUUGAGGCUGGAAAGUCUCACUUCGACGGUUACAUGCAGCGAGUUUUCCGCGGAUGGGAAGACAGUGGCGCUUAUACCUCUAAGCUGUGGACAGGAAUUAUGGGUUAUUCGUCUGAUUUGAUGCCUUGCAUUGGCGCUGUUCCAGGAAAGAAACAACAGUUCAUCGUCGCUGGAUUCACAGGCCAUGGCAUGCCCCAGAUAUUUUUGGCCGCCAAAGGCAUCGCCUCGAUGAUCAUCGAUAAUGCGGACUUCCAAAGCACAGGAAUCCCUGCGGUCUAUCAAGUGACUCGCUCCAGACUAGAUAGCAAGCAGAACUCUGUGAUACAGAGCUGGGAGACGGAACAUGGCUCCGCUACAGCCUUCAGCAAGCUUUAG